AAAAAACAACAACCCUUGUUGAAUUCUAUAUUCAAAUUCGGAACUCGAGACUUGGCUGGAUUUUUCGUCAGAUCAGGAUGCUUGUGCUAGCAGCUGUCCUGUCAGCAUCAACUCGUCUCAGCCAAAACUGCUCUGCUCUGUCUAUUCUAUUCAUUUCAUGCAACUCGUCUUGUUGUGUCUGUAUAACAUUAACAAGAUCAACAAUGGUGUUGUCGACGACAGCAGAGUUUGCCAAGUCAAGUAGCAGGUAAAGAUGACGCUCCCUACCCUACCCUAGACGACGACAAGAGCCGGAGCAGGCAGGAGGCGCCGUCUCCUGUCCUGUCUCCUUCCGCUCCCAGACAUAAAAAAAAACAAAAUCUUCAGGUCGUCGGCCAGGGCCAGGGCCAUGGCGCUGCGGCUGCCAAGCCACCAGCUCGCUCCCCUCGCGGUCCUCGUCUGUGCCGCCGUGGCAGCGUAUGACGAGGAGCUGUCUGCUUCUCCGCCGUCGGAUAACAACAACACACCGGCGGGCCUGGGCAUCAAGGUGCCCUUCCGCCCCCGAGUGGCAAUCGUGGUCGGCAUCUUCACCAUGAUCUUCUCCCUCACCUUCCUCCUCCUCAUGUACGCCAAGUUCUGCCACCCCUCCUCCUCCUCGUCUCCGCCACAGCCCGCCUCCAACAAUGGCGCAGCUGCAGCAGCGGUGUGCGUCGGACUCCCCAAGCAGGUCAUCGAGUCGCUGCCCUUCUUCCGGUUCGCCACCCUGCGCGGGGCGCGCCAUGGGAUGGAGUGCUCCGUCUGCCUCGCCCGCUUCGACGACGCCGACCUCCUCCGCCUCCUGCCGCGCUGCCGCCACGCCUUCCACCUCGCCUGCGUCGACCGCUGGCUCCAGUCCAGCGCCACCUGCCCGCUCUGCCGGUCCAACGUCGACGCCGACGACGCCAAGCUCGACGCCGACCACGCGCUGUCUUCCGGACGCUUCGACGACGGCGCUGCUGCUGAGGCGGCGGGGAGCGGCCGCGAUCUCCUCGACAUCUUCGUGGAGCGCGUGCCCGGACCGGACAGGCACAAGCACCGCAUCAUCGUGUCCGACGUGGUGUUCAAGAGCCGGUGGAGCGAGCUCAACUCUGCGGACCUCAUCGCUCUCGACACGGAGAUGCUUCGCUCCAUGUCCAGCGGCCGCUUCGUGUUCCCGCCAGAUUCCCCUUAUUGCGCGGCACCGGAGCACAAGCUAGCAGCAGAGGAUCAGGAGGAGACGACGAUGGCGAACAAGAACAAGGAGAGGAAGCGCCUGCUGGAGCCUGUCGUUGUGGUGGACGCACCACUCGGUGGCGAGUGCAGCAGCGGCUCCGCCGUGUCGGCGUCCGCGGCCAGGAUGAUAUCGUCCGGGGUGCGCUCCAUGUCGGAGAUCGUGAGCCUGCCACGGCUGCGCGCCGCGGCGAGGGAGCGGCUGUCGGAGGAGGAGAAUCGGCGGUGGCUGCCCAUCGCACGGCGGACGGCGCGGUGGUUCGCCGGGCGCGCCAGCGGGGGGCAGGAGGAGCACCGAGCUGUCCACGUCGUGGCGGCGGAGCAUGAUGGUGUGUAGAAUUCAAUAGGGUACGGGUGGUUGAGUUUGGGAUGGGUGGAGUUAGCACGGUAGGGCCAUUUUACGACCUCAUCGUAUAUCGAUGAGUUGUUGGAAUCCUCUAGCAUAGACUCGAGCAUGGGAGUAAUCACCUCACACCCCUCGAUUGCUUUAUGAUUGAUGCACCCGACUAAAGAUGUAAAAUGGUUUAGAAAUUAUCCGUCCGAAUCCGGAUUUGAAGAAGAUGAACACAAGUUCAGAUGCAA